AUGGCGACGAGCAUGAGAAGGGAAGACUGUGGACCUGCUGAGCCUUUUAGCUCAAAUACUUUUAGCCCUGUGGAAAGAGUGAACUCUGACGCUCUGACACCAACUUCUCGGUCCAAACCUCAUGUGAGCUCAGGAUAUCCUGACAAAUCUUCAGCAAGUCUGGGAAACUUGACUCAGCAGCCUCAGAACCUGAAGGACACCAGGAGCAGAGGCUGCUCCAAGAGCAAUGCUCCGAGGCAGGAGUGUCCAUUCUGUAGCAAGAUAUUUUCCUGUGUGUCCAGUCUGAAGACCCACGUAUGCAGGAGUCUUGGAAGCGCAGCAAAUCUGUCCGCAGCACACAUCACGUCCAGUCGGACAGAUACUGUGCAGUCCCCAUGCAGGGGCAAGGAGCGGACGUUUGGCUGUGCCGUGUGCGGGAAAGUGUUCAAGCGCUCCUCCACCCUCUCCACUCAUCUGCUCAUACACUCGGACACCCGGCCAUAUCCCUGCCUGUACUGUGGCAAGAGGUUCCACCAGAAGUCUGACUUGAAGAAACACACCUUCAUUCACACCGGAGAGAAGCCCCAUGUGUGUGAGAUAUGUGGGAAGGCGUUCAGCCAGAGCUCCAACCUCAUCACCCACUGCCGCAAGCACAAGGACAACCGUCCCUACUGCUGCCCGCGCUGCCUCUACAGCUUCCAGCACAAAAUAGAGCUGCGGCAGCACCAGGAGCUCCACUGCACCUACCACUGA